GGAAUGCAGCAUGGAUGAACGUUGCAAGUCGUUUGACUUUAACGACUGCAAUAACAUGUGCGAGUUACACCUUGCCACAAGACGAGAGCAUCCCGAAGACUUCAAUGCAACUCAAGGAAGUGUGUACUUUGAUGCAGAUGAGGACACACCUCUCUACUCACUGACUAAUAGUCCCUUGAAUUCCAACAGAAGUUGCAAGAUGCUCUUAGAUGCCGGUUAUCGUUCAAGCGGUAUCUACACAAUCAACCCAGAGGGAUUCGGUAAUGGCGGUCUUCGUGUCUACUGUGACAUGGAAACUGACGGCGGAGGAUGGAUCGUGUUUCAGAGGCGACAAGAUGGCAGUGUGGACUUUUACCGUAACUGGGACGAGUACCAGUCUGGCUUUGGCGAUCUGUCCGGUGAGUUCUGGUUGGGCAAUGAGAACUUGGUGACUCUGACGUCUGAUGAUUCACAAGGAACAUGGGAGCUACGCGUUGAUUUGGGGGACUGGGCGGGCAACACGGCAUGGGCAAAGUACGCAGAUUUCCAAAUAUCCCCGGGUGAGUACAGUCUGAAUAUUGGCCAAUACGAUGCCAGCAGCACUGCCGGUGACUCUCUUGCGUUCAGCAGAGGACAUCCCUUCUCAACAAAGGACAAUGACAAUGAUGCAUUGGGAUCAUAUAGUUGUGCACAAUCCCGCCACGGAGCCUGGUGGUUUGGUGGUUGUUCGCAUUCCAACUUGAAUGGUGAAUAUUACCCAGAUGAGCAUGCAGCCGCUAAUGAAAAGGGCGUGCAUUGGCGCCACUGGAAAGGCCGAUCCUAUUCUCUGAAAACCAGCCAGAUGAAACUCCGUGCGAUGCUGCAAUGA